UCUCUUUUCCACACAGUUACUAAAGGUGUACUUUUCUUUUUUAGGCUUAAAUACAAAGUGAGUAAGAAUGUCAAUAGUCACAGUCCAGCUUGGCCAGUGUGGUAAUCAAAUUGGUCAUGAGGUGUUCAGUGCUGUCUGCAGUGAUGUCCAUGGCACACACGGGCUGUGCUCCAGAAAGGAGAACGACUCCUACCACGAGGCUUGCAAAGAACGUUUUUUCUGCGAGGAGGAAUCUGAAGUACCUGUUGCCCGGGCCGUGCUUGUUGACAUGGAACCUAAAGUCAUCAGCCAAACCUUAUCAAUGGCUGCCAGGUCUGGCUCCUGGAGAUACAAUGACAGGUCACAGUUCUGCCAGAAGCAAGGGUCUGGGAACAACUGGGCAAACGGUUAUUCUGUUCACGGGCCUAGACACAAAGAAGCAAUAAUGAAUCUGGUGCAAAAAGAAGCAGAGAAAUGUGAUCGGCUCGGUGGAUUUUUCACAAUAAUGAGCAUGGCUGGUGGAACAGGAUCUGGCUUGGGAGCAUUUGUGACCCAGUGUUUAAGAGAUGCCUUUCCAACCUCAUUUAUACUGAACCAUGUUAUCUGGCCCUACGGCACGGGGGAGGUCAUUGUUCAAAACUACAACUCUGUCUUGACUCUGUCACACCUGUACCAGUCAUCAGAUGCCCUUCUUGUUCACGAGAAUGAUGUCGUCCACCAGAUCUGUGCGCAGCGGAUGAACAUUAAGCAGAUCUCCUUCAGGGAUGUGAAUCGAGUCAUUGCCCAUCAGCUGGGGAGUGUUUUCCAGCCCGCUUACACAGCAGCAGGAGGAUCAUGCUAUAGCAGAAACCCCUUAGGAGAGCUGAUGGAGACGUUGGUUCCACAUCCCGAAUUCAAGAUGUUGGGUCUGCGUAACAUACCUCAGAUGCCUGAAAACUCCCUCGCCUACAGCACGUUCAGUUGGCCUGGACUCAUCAAACACUUAAGGCAGAUGCUCAUUGCUAAUGCUAAAAUGGAGGAAGGUAUUGACUGGCAAGUACGACCCCCACGUCUAGGCACCUCCUGCUCCUCCAGUCAUCCCACAAACAAGCUGCCACAGUUCAAUACUUCCAUUGCCAACCUGGUGAUCCUGCGAGGAAAAGACACGCACAGCACAGACUUAGGAAGUUUCCAAGAUCCCUCAUUAUAUACAUCAUGGAUAAACCCUCAGGAUGCUUUUAAUGCAUGGAAAACACCACGAGCAUUUAACAAGUAUGAAAAAUCUGCUUCCUUGGUCAGCAACAGCCAGUUUCUGCUGAAACCUCUUGACAAUGUUGUAGGAAAAGCUUGGAAUAUGUUUGCUUCCAAAGCCUACAUUCACCAGUACACUAAAUUUGGAAUCGAAGAGGAAGAUUUCCUGGACAGCUUCACAGCUCUGGAACAAGUCAUCUCCAGUUACACCAGCCUGUGAUUUUUUGUCUGAAAUGGUCUGAGAGAAGCCAGUGCUGCAAUACCUCCUGUCAGCUCUCUGAGGUGUAUGAGUUACUGGACU